CAGUGUGUACAGAGACAACUAUCUCACUGCAGCAUGCACUCAGGGUUGCCAUAAAGUGAAGAAAUCAGCUCAAUUUCUGUUUCUACAACAAAAAACUACUGCUCUGAGUGUCUCAGGCUUGAAGAGGAUCAUUCCUGUCCUUUGAGAGACUGGUGCUUUAGGCAAAAAGCAUUUUAGCAGUGUCUGUGGCGUUUCCCAGCCCGACCCUCAUGCCCAUGUGAAUGUCAGAGAUGUGCAAACAGCAGGGGGAAGUGCAGCUGCAGACUCCAUGGCAAGCCAGAACAUCCAGCUGCUUGGAAGCUCUGGCAUAACAAGCUUUUCCUGUGGUGAGCUGUGGGACGUGCAGCCAGGGCAAACUUCAGGACUGCCUCCAGAAACGCUGUGCAGUAGCAGCAGUCCUCGUGCUGAAAAAUUCGGAAUUGUUUUAAAUCACCGGUCUGUCAGCUGCCUGCUUUGCACAUAACUUCACCAGUUGCUACUAGGAAGAUGCAACUAUGACAAAAUACUCUUGGAUUUGAGCACUCUAAAUGCAGAAAUGAUUUGGCAACUAACAUCUCAUUGGUCAGCCCUGGUUACACCCCUGAUUUUUGGUCUGCUUCUGCAAGCACCAUGCACACAGCCUUCCACCAUCACACAGCCAAACUUUGUCCUGCUGCUGGCUGAUGACCUCGGCAUAGGGGAUGUGGGUUGCUAUGGGAAUGACACCAUCAGGACCCCGAACAUCGAUGGGCUGGCAGAGGAAGGAGUGAAGCUGACCCAACACAUCGCUGCAGCUCCUCUUUGCACCCCCAGCAGAGCAGCUUUCCUCACUGGCAGAUAUCCCCUCCGAUCAGGGAUGGAUGCUGUAAACGAUUACCGUGUUAUUUUUUGGAAUGCUGGCUCAGGAGGGCUUCCUCCAAAUGAAACCACUUUUGCCAAAAUACUGCAGCACCAAGGCUACACCACAGGACUGAUAGGGAAGUGGCAUUUAGGUGUUAACUGUGAAUCCCGCAAUGACCACUGUCAUCACCCUUUAAAACAUGGAUUUGACUAUUUCUAUGGGAUGCCUUUUACACUAAUAAGUGACUGUGAGCCAACAGAGCCACCAGAGAUGGACAGAGCCUUUAGAAGGAAACUCUGGCUUUCCACUCAAGUGAUUGGCCUCAUUACACUCACUGCUGUCCUUGGAAGACUGACUGGCUUGAUUUCAGUCCACUGGAAAACACUGACCUGCCUUGCUGGGUUUAGUCUCCUAUUCUUCAUAUCCUGGUUCUCAAGUUAUGGAUUUGUACGGCACUGGAACUGCAUUAUGAUGAGAAACCAUGAGAUUACUGAGCAGCCAAUGGUGACAGAAAGAACCACGUCCCUUAUCUUGAGAGAGUCCAUCUCAUUUAUUGAAAGAAAUAAGCACAAGCCAUUCCUCCUUUUUCUUUCCUUUUUGCAUUCCCACACCCCUCUCCUCACCACGGAGAAGUUUCUUGGGAAGAGUAAACAUGGUUUAUAUGGAGACAAUGUGGAGGAGAUGGACUGGAUGGUGGGCCAGGUUCUAGAUGCUAUAGACAAGGAAGGCUUGAAAGAGACUACACUGAUUUACUUUGCCUCUGAUCAUGGUGGAUGGCUGGAAAGACAAGAAGGUGAAAGGCAGCUGGGUGGCUGGAAUGGAAUAUACAAAGGUGGAAAAGCUAUGGGAGGAUGGGAAGGAGGAAUCCGUGUUCCAGGGAUAUUUAGAUGGCCAGGAGUGUUACCUGCAGGCAAAGUUAUUGAUGAACCUACAAGCCUUAUGGAUAUUUAUCCUACGAUAGUUCAUUUGGCUGGAGGGACAGUGCCUCAGGACAGGGUGCUGGACGGCCGGGACCUGCUGCCGCUGCUGCGGGGAGCGGCGGCGCGCUCGGAGCACGAGUUCCUGUUCCACUACUGCGGGGCGCACCUGCACGCCGUGCGCUGGCACCGCAGCGACCAUGGAGCUGUUUGGAAGGCUCAUUACGUGACUCCCAUCUUCAGUCCUCCCGGAGCCGGGGCUUGUUAUGACAGAGGAUUUUGCCCGUGCUUUGGGGAAGGAGUGACCCAUCAUGAUCCUCCAUUGCUGUUUGAGCUCUCACAAGACCCUUCUGAAGCCAACCCUCUCUCUGCUGACACCGAGCCCCUCUUCGACAUGGUCAUAAGGAGGAUGGGCAGGGCCAUCGAGGAGCACCGCAGGACGCUGACUCCAGUCCCAGAGCAGCUCUCUGUGUCCAAUGUGGUGUGGAAGCCCUGGCUGCAGCCCUGCUGUGGAACAUUCCCAUUCUGUUGGUGUGAUAAGGAGCAUGAUAGUAAACUUGUUGAGCUAUAAUACUUUCUCAAAAAUGUAUUUAGAUUAAGAGUGUUUCCUUUGGGGGUGUUGACCCAUGGGCCAUUUUGCUCCUCUAAACUGAGCCUUCAUAAAAUAAUUGGUCCAGUGAAUGGCACAGUAUUUAGUAAAGGUAGCUUUAAGCUGGACACUCUCAGGGAGGGAUUAAGAUAGAUGAUCUGAAGUCCAUGUUUUAACUGGCAUUUGUUAACAAGUGGAUGAAUAGCUCAAAUGCACUGAGGCAGGCCAAGAUUACAGCUGUACAAGUAGUGAUUCUGAAUGUAUAUUCAGAAGCUUUCUUUUGGGUUCUUGGGCUGAAUUUCUAAGUGAUUCCUGGACUGCAGUCUCCUUUAAUUUUGUUUUCCUUAUCUCCUUUUUGUUAUUCUGGCAAUGCAUUUUGUUAUCCUUAUCUCUCCUUUUGUUAUACUGGCAAUACAUAACGUGACCUUAUAAUAAAUUUUUUGCAGAUCA